AUGGCUAUCUUUGUGGUUACCACGUCUUCUGGAAAGCCUGACAGGGGUACCAUGAGAAGGAUACGAAGCCAUGCGAUGCGCGGGAGGAAUACACGCGCGGACAGACUAGCUCGGGCUCAAGAGCGGAUGAAACCCGACAAGAUACAAGUGCAUAUGAUCGAGACUGAUAAGAUUGUAACCCCCAUAUCAGUACCACGCACCGACUCAACAGAAGAACCACGCUAUGGCCAAGCCCCUGGCCAUGACAACCAGUUAACAAUGAGUAUUUCGCGGAAGCUAGCACCAGAGCUUUUGCUACAGCGAUCAGAACUCGAUCUAAAACCAUAUAUGCUUGACUUGAUAUAUCAAGCUUUCACAACAUCAAAACCCUGUCGAUACGCCAUCGACAUGAAAGUCGCUCACGAAUGCGAGUCUCACAUCUUCAGCCUGAGUGACAUGCACACGCAUGAAGUAUCUCUCCACUCUAUACUCUUCACAGCAUCAGCAUUUCAAGAAAUCUGCCAAGGCGCAGAGUUCAGUGUACUUACGAGAUAUCAUCUUGGCGAGACACUACGCUGUAUACAACAGAGUCUUCAAGACAAAAGCACCGCAACGGCUAUGGCGACGGUGGGAGCGAUUGUUAAUCUUGCUUCAGCGGCGUCUAGCUUUGGAGAUGUGGAUACUGCGAGGAAGCAUAUGGAUGGGCUAUGUCGUAUUUUUGAACUUCGUGGUGGGAUAUCCCCUUUUGGAACUGCACCGCUAGCAGAGAUGAAGUGUCAAAGGAUAGAGAUUUGUCUAUCAAUGACAGAAGGGCGAAAACCCCGCCUUCUUCCCGACAUCGAACCUUGGGAUUCACUGAUGCCAAUAUCUGCGAUCCAUACUCCUCCAGAAUCUACAUUUCUGAAUCCUCGAAACUUGACACCAGAUCGGCGUUUACUUUCCAUCUGGACCGACUUGCAAUACUACAGCAGAUUAUCCAAUGAAGGCGCGCUUAUCCCACCAGAGCUAUUCCUUUUUAUAAGCACGGCUCUUCCGAACAGGUUACUGCAGCUUUCUUACGAUGCGCAAUCGACGUCUGAGCUUAUGAGGCUUUGUAUGCUUGUGUAUAUCAAGAGCAUUCUCUUUAGUCUUCCUGGGGUUGGGAGGAGAAUGUCUUACUUGUCGAGUAAUCUGGAUAUUGCACUUCGAAAGUUUGUACCCGUUGAUCGGGAGCAUUCGGCUUUCUUGCUAUGGGCGUUGCUCCUGGCUGGGGUUUGUAUCUUUGAGGACUUUGACCGAGAGUGGCAUAGUCAGGCUAUUCGUGAGACAUCCGAGGCUCUGAGUGUGAGGAGCUGGAUGCGAUGUAGGGAGUUAUUAAACAACGUGCUGUGGAUUGGUGAUAUACACGAUCCGCUGGCAAAACAAGGAUUCAUGAAAGUCUUUGGGGCUAUUUAA